CCCAGACCUUCAUCAGCGCAUCGACAUGCACAGCAAGAGACUCAAGCUCACCGAAUCGGCCCCGCAGCCGCCGUCCCCGCCGCAGCACGGCCUCACCCACGACCAAGAGUUCUCCAUCAUGGUCACCGCCCUCAAAAACGUCGUCUCCGGCGCUGCCGCUGCCGCCGACCUGACCCCUUGCAUCAUCCCUCCCGGCUCCGCCGGCGACAACUGCUGCUGGGACAGAGACUUCGUGGCCCUCUCCGAUCUCGACACGUGCCGGGUGUGCAGGAUCGAGGGCUGCCUCGGGUGCGACUUCUUCCCCCCCAUCAACGGCCAAGCGGAAGAGAGGAGUAGCAGCGGCGCAGCAUCCAAGAAGAGGCCGUCGCCCACAUCGUCGCGCCCGCUGGGCAAGAAGAAGUACAGGGGAGUGAGGCAGCGGCCAUGGGGGAAGUGGGCGGCGGAGAUACGGGACCCGCGGCGGGCUGUCCGGGUCUGGCUCGGGACGUUCAACACGGCGGAGGAGGCCGCGCUGGCCUACGACAAGGCGGCCAUCGAGUUCCGCGGGGCGCGCGCAAAGCUCAACUUCCCGCACCAGGACCACUCACUCCUACCGCCCCCACCCCCGCCCCCGCCGCCGGUCACAGCGCUUCCUCAGAGACAGGACCCAAGGAUGACGACAGUGGACAACAACGAUUCGGGAAUGGGGUCGAACUCGGAGGAGAACAAGGGGAAGGGGAAGGCGGCCGAAGCAGACGACUUCUGGGAAAUGGUCAAGAACGAGGGCAAGAUGGAGAGGGAGUGGAUGAUGUGGAUGGACCUGGGAGGCGAUUCCUCGGACUCGAAUGGGCAGACCGUGCACUCGUUUUGAUUCAUUGAUUCACUCGAACGACCGACGCAUACACUGUAUACUGUAUAAUUAGUUCUAAGCAUUCGUUUCUUCUUUGAUGUUCGACUGAUCUUUCGGACAUGUAUGAGCAUAUUUUUUUGUAUUGCUCACGAUAGAGAUUAUAUUCAGAUUGCUCUUCUUCCUGAA